UGGCGGAAGGCGAGGACGGCGAGAGGGGGGCGGCCCAAGGUGAUGGGAACCCCAAGGAAAGCAGCCCCUUCAUCAACAGCACAGACCUGGAGAAGGGCAAGGAGUAUGAUGGAAAGAACAUGGCCCUCUUUGAGGAAGAGAUGGACACCAGCCCCAUGGUCUCAUCCCUGCUGAGCGGCCUGGUGAACUACACCAACCUGCCGCAGGGCAGCCGGGAGCACGAGGAGGCGGAGAACAAUGAUGGAGCCAAAAAGAAACCUGUGCAGGCUCCACGGAUGGGCACGUUUAUGGGUGUUUACCUGCCCUGCCUGCAAAACAUCUUUGGGGUGAUCCUCUUCCUGCGCCUCACCUGGGUGGUGGGAAUUGCCGGCAUCAUGGAGUCGUUCUGCAUGGUUGUCCUGUGCUGCUCCUGCACAAUGCUGACGGCCAUUUCCAUGAGUGCCAUCGCUACGAACGGUGUCGUGCCAGCGGGUGGUUCCUACUACAUGAUCUCGCGCUCUCUGGGGCCCGAGUUCGGAGGGGCUGUGGGGUUGUGCUUCUACCUGGGCACCACCUUCGCAGGAGCCAUGUACAUCCUGGGCACCAUCGAGAUCCUUCUGGCCUAUAUCUUCCCCGCCAUGGCCAUUUUCAAGGGAGAGGAUGCCAGCGAGGAGGCCGCGGCCAUGCUCAACAAUAUGCGUGUCUACGGCACCUGUGUGCUCACCUGCAUGGCCACGGUGGUGUUCGUCGGGGUCAAGUACGUCAACAAGUUUGCCUUGGUUUUCCUGGGCUGCGUCAUCCUCUCCAUCCUGGCUAUCUACGCCGGGGUCAUCAAGUCUGCCAUCGACCCCCCCAGCUUCCCGAUCUGUCUGCUGGGGAACAGGACGCUGUCACGCCACGGCUUCGACAUCUGUGCCAAGCUGGUGCUGGAAGGGAACGAGACAGUGGGCUCCAAGCUGUGGGAGCUGUUCUGCACCUCCAAAUUCCUCAACGCCACCUGUGACGAGUACUUCCUGAAGAACAACGUGACCGAAAUCCAGGGCAUCCCGGGUGCUGCCAGUGGGCUCAUCAAAGAGAAUCUCUGGAGCACAUACCUGACCAAGGGUGUGAUUGUGGAGAAGCAGGGGAUGCCCUCGGUGGCCCUCGCAGAUGCCGUUGUCGACAUGGACCAGCCCUACGUUUUCAGCGACAUGACCUCAUACUUCACCCUGCUGGUGGGCAUCUACUUCCCGUCCGUCACAGGUAUAAUGGCCGGCUCCAACCGAUCAGGAGACCUGCGCGAUGCUCAGAAAUCCAUCCCCACAGGGACCAUCCUGGCCAUUGCCACAACGUCUGCUGUCUAUAUCAGCUCCGUGAUUCUCUUCGGUGCCUGUAUCGAGGGGGUCGUCCUCCGUGACAAGUUUGGCGAGGCUGUCAAUGGGAACCUGGUGGUUGGAACCCUCGCCUGGCCGUCUCCAUGGGUGAUUGUCAUCGGAUCCUUCUUCUCCACGUGUGGGGCAGGUCUGCAGAGCCUCACAGGAGCCCCCCGCCUCCUCCAGGCUAUCUCCCGGGACGGGAUCGUCCCCUUCCUGAGGGUCUUCGGCCACGGCAAAGCCAACGGGGAGCCCACCUGGGCGCUGCUCCUCACCGCCUGCAUCUGUGAGAUCGGAAUCCUCAUCGCCUCCCUGGACGAGGUCGCCCCCAUCCUCUCCAUGUUUUUCCUGAUGUGCUACAUGUUUGUCAACUUGGCGUGCGCGGUGCAGACACUGCUGAGGACACCCAACUGGCGGCCCCGGUUCCGAUAUUACCACUGGACACUCUCCUUUCUGGGCAUGAGCCUCUGCCUGGCCCUGAUGUUCAUCUGCUCCUGGUACUACGCGCUCGUGGCCAUGCUAAUCGCCGGCCUCAUCUACAAGUACAUCGAAUACAGGGGAGCGGAGAAGGAGUGGGGCGAUGGCAUCAGAGGGCUCUCGCUCAGCGCGGCACGCUACGCUCUGCUUCGGCUGGAGGAGGGGCCCCCGCACACCAAAAACUGGAGGCCUCAGCUGCUGGUUCUGGUCCGAGUGGAUCAGGAGCAGAACGUGGUGUACCCGCAGCUCCUGUCUCUCACCUCGCAGCUCAAGGCCGGCAAGGGGCUGACGAUCGUGGGCUCCGUGCUGGAAGGGACCUUCCUGGAUAACCACCUGCAGGCCCAGCGGGCAGAGGAGUCCCUGCGCCGCCUGAUGGAAGCUGAGAAGGUGAAAGGCUUUUGCCAGGUCGUGAUCUCGUCCAACCUGCGGGAUGGCAUGUCCCACCUCAUCCAGUCCAGCGGGCUCGGCGGCCUGCAGCACAACACGGUGCUGGUGGGGUGGCCGCGCAACUGGCGGCAGAAGGAAGAUCACCAGACCUGGAGGAACUUCAUUGAGCUGGUGCGGGAGACCACAGCCGGCCACCUGGCCCUGCUGGUCACCAAGAACCUUGCCAUGUUCCCGGGCAACCAAGAGCGGUUCUCUGAGGGCCACAUUGACGUCUGGUGGAUUGUCCAUGACGGGGGGAUGCUGAUGCUGCUGCCCUUCCUGCUGCGGCACCACAAGGUCUGGCGUAAAUGUAAGAUGCGCAUCUUCACGGUGGCGCAGAUGGACGAUAACAGCAUCCAGAUGAAGAAGGACCUGACGACGUUCCUGUACCACCUGCGCAUCACGGCUGAGGUGGAGGUGGUGGAGAUGCAUGAGAGCGACAUCUCGGCCUACACCUACGAGAAGACCCUGGUGAUGGAGCAGCGCUCACAGAUCCUCAAGCAGAUGCACCUCACCAAGACUGAGCGGGAGCGAGAGAUUCAGAGCAUCACAGACGAGUCCCGCGGCUCCAUCCGGCGCAAGAACCCUGCCAACACCCGGCUGCGGCUGAGCGUCCCAGAGGAGCAGGUGGGCGACAGCGAGGAGAAGCCGGAGGAGGAGGUGCAGCUCAUCCAUGAUAAGAACGCCACGGCCUUCUCCAGCAGCCCCCAGUCACCCGGUGACGAGGCGGAGACAGCCCCGGAGAAGGUGCAUCUCACCUGGACCAAGGAAAAGUCUGUUGCGGAGAAGACCAAGAGCAAGAGCCCCGUCAGCCCAGAAAGCAUCAAGGAUUUCUUCAGCAUGAAGCCGGAGUGGGAGAACCUGAACCAGUCCAACGUGCGGCGGAUGCACACAGCUGUCAAGCUCAACGAGGUGAUCGUCAAGAAGUCACAGAACGCCAAGCUAGUCCUGCUGAACAUGCCAGGCCCACCCCGCAACCGGAAGGGGGAUGAGAACUACAUGGAGUUCCUGGAGGUGCUGACAGAGCACCUGGACCGGGUCAUGCUGGUGCGUGGCGGGGGCCGGGAGGUCAUCACCAUUUACUCCUGAAACGCCAGCUGCUGAGACCCCCACCGACCUCUUUGCACCUGGCUCCUGGGGGGCAGGAGGGCAGGUUCGCUUGUGCUUGGUGCUCAGAAACUUCACCAUUCCCCACUGGCUCCAUUUGAACUGCAGCCCCCAAUAAUCCAGGAGCAACCAGCACCAGCGUUGCUGUUCCUCAUCGCGCCAGCACAGCCCUGCAGUGGGUGUUUAUACAGAGACAGUAGCCCUGAGUCUGAGCGCCACUGGCCUCCGUGUGGGGCAGGAAGCUGGGUUGGCCAGGCUCAGUCAGUGCUUCCGUGGAGCCCUCAGAUGGCUGGCGUGGUGCCUUGGCCCCUUGGGCCUAGGCUUCCUACCCCUCGCUCUGCUAUUUUUGGACACAUUGAGGUUUGUGGGACACGUUUGCUCCCCUGCCCCUGCCCGCCUGCUGACAUGCCCUUUGGAGCCCCUUCACCUGGGCGAGGUCACCUGCAUGCUCGCCUCACCCCACUGCUCCCAGGUACCUGCAGUACGAGCCACAGGCCCCUUGCCAAGAUGGGCUCAGCAAAGCGCAGCCCCUCCUGCUGCCCAUCCCUGGAAACCACAGCCACACCCUGCGGCCCCCGAUGUGGUUUGGACAGCUGAGUGCUGUAGGGCUGAGCAGGGAGGAGGCAGGUCCUGCAGCGCAUCGGAGCGAAGGACAGCGCCACAAUGCCGUUGUCGUGAGGCGACUUGGAUCCAACACCUGGGUGAGAGGGGCCUGGCCUGGCCAGGGGCUGCAUCCCAGCGGGGGGGGGGGGGGCAUCAGUGGGGACACGGACUUUGUUUUUCUCCUCCCCCGGACCCCCCGCUCAGCACAAGCCCAUGCGGCUGCACCACCCUGACUCACCUGCUCCAGGUGUGGUCUGAUUACAUAACUGCUGUGGGGCCUGUGCUGGGCUGGGGCAGCACACUCACUGCAGGCUGUACAGCCCUUGGAACGCACGUCUGGCUAG